AUGAAGGAGAAGGCCGCAACGCGCGUCAAGGUCGACGACAUGGAGCCUUCCAUCUUCGAGGCGCCGCUUCACUUCGUGUACACGGACACUCGGCGGACGGUGGCGGUGGCGCGUUACCACAGACGGCGACAAGGACAGGAAUGUGCCGAUGCAGCACCUGCUGGUGGCCGCGGAUCGGUGUGGGCUGGACACGCUGAGGCUCAUGUGCGAGGUGGGGAUGUGCCGUAG